CCCGUCUCUCUCCCCCCCCCCCCCCCACGCCUUAAAGCCAGCUAUUGUGAUUGAAUCAAACCUAAAAGCGAUUCAUCCUCUGAGGAGACCCGACUGACUGCGCCAAGAUGGGGUAUGGACGGUCGGACAGCUACCGCGUGGCCACCACGCAGGACAAGGAUGAGAAGGAGUCACCCAAGAAGAAGGGAGGCAAGGAUCUGGACGACCUCAAGAAGGAAGUUCCCAUAACAGAACACAAAAUGUCUGUUGAGGAGGUUUGCCGGAAAUACAACACUGAUAUUGUCCAGGGUUUGACCAAUGCCAAGGCAGCAGAGUACCUGGACAGGGACGGCCCCAACGCCCUGACUCCACCCCCCACCACCCCAGAGUGGGUCAAGUUCUGUCGCCAGCUGUUCGGUGGCUUCUCCAUCCUCCUGUGGAUCGGUGCCAUCCUCUGCUUUCUUGCCUAUGCCAUCCAGGCUGCCACAGAGGACGAGCCCGCUGGGGAUAACUUGUAUCUGGGGAUCGUGCUGUCAGCUGUCGUCAUCAUCACUGGCUGCUUCUCAUACUUCCAGGAAGCAAAGAGCUCCAAGAUCAUGGAGUCCUUUAAGAACAUGGUCCCUCAGCAAGCCCUGGUGAUCCGUGAGGGAGAGAAGAUGCAGAUCAAUGCUGAGCAGGUGGUAGCAGGAGACCUGGUGGAGGUGAAAGGAGGAGACAGGAUCCCCGCUGACCUCCGCAUUAUUUCCUCCCACGGCUGCAAGGUGGACAACUCAUCCCUGACUGGUGAAUCAGAGCCCCAGACCAGGUCACCUGACUGUACCCAUGACAACCCCCUGGAAACCCGCAACAUUGCCUUCUUCUCCACUAACUGUGUCGAGGGAACAGCACGUGGCAUCGUUGUAUGUACUGGUGAUCGUACAGUGAUGGGCCGCAUCGCCACUCUUACCUCAGGUCUGGAGACUGGCAAGACGCCUAUUGCUAAGGAGAUCGAGCACUUCAUCCACAUCAUUACAGGCGUGGCUGUCUUCCUCGGCGUGAGCUUCUUCGUCCUGUCAAUCAUCCUGGGUUAUUCCUGGCUGGAGGCCGUCAUCUUCCUCAUCGGUAUCAUUGUCGCCAAUGUGCCCGAGGGACUGCUGGCCACUGUCACUGUGUGUCUCACACUGACUGCUAAGCGAAUGGCUCGUAAGAACUGCCUGGUAAAGAACUUGGAGGCUGUGGAAACCCUGGGCUCCACCUCCACCAUCUGCUCUGACAAGACUGGCACCCUGACCCAGAACAGGAUGGAUGCCAAGGCCUGUGUGAUCCACGGUACAGAUCUGAAAGACCUCGAUCAGGAUCAGAUGGACGAUAUUUUGAGGAACCACACAGAGAUUGUCUUCGCCAGAACUUCCCCACAGCAGAAACUUAUCAUUGUAGAAGGCUGCCAGAGACAGGGUGCCAUCGUGGCUGUGACAGGUGACGGUGUGAACGACUCUCCUGCCCUGAAGAAGGCUGAUAUCGGUGUUGCCAUGGGAAUCUCUGGCUCAGACGUGUCCAAACAAGCUGCAGACAUGAUCCUGCUGGACGACAACUUUGCCUCCAUCGUCACUGGUGUAGAGGAAGGACGUCUGAUCUUUGACAACUUAAAGAAGUCCAUUGCAUACACUCUGACCAGCAACAUCCCAGAGAUCACCCCCUUCCUGUUCUUCAUCUUGGUCAACAUCCCACUGCCUCUGGGCACCAUCACCAUCCUCUGCAUCGACCUGGGAACUGACAUGGUACCAGCCAUCUCUCUCGCCUAUGAAGCAGCAGAGAGUGACAUCAUGAAGCGCCAGCCCAGAAACCCACUGAGGGACAAACUGGUCAACGAGAGACUCAUCAGCAUCGCCUAUGGACAGAUUGGUAUGAUCCAAGCUCUUGGCGGGUUCUUUGCCUAUUUUGUCAUCAUGGCUGAAAAUGGUUUUCUGCCGUCCGAGCUUGUUGGUAUCCGACUCAACUGGGACGAUCGCUCCACCAACGACCUGGAGGACAGCUACGGGCAGCAAUGGACCUACGAGCAGCGUAAGAUUGUGGAGUUCACUUGCCACACAGCCUUCUUCGUCAGUAUUGUGGUGGUGCAGUGGGCAGAUGUCAUCAUCUGCAAGACCAGACGUAACUCUGUGUUCCAGCAGGGCAUGAAGAAUAAGAUUUUGAUCUUUGGCCUGUUUGAGGAAACAGCUCUGGCUGCUUUCCUGUCCUACUGCCCAGGAAUGGAUGUGGCACUAAGGAUGUACCCACUCAAGCCCAGUUGGUGGUUCUGUGCGUUCCCGUACAGUUUCCUCAUCUUUGUUUACGAUGAAAUCCGAAAACUCAUCCUUCGCCGAAACCCCGGAGGCUGGGUGGAAAAAGAGACCUACUACUAAAUUAUCAGAGCAUCAUUUACUUCGCACCCCGCCUUCCCCUGAACUCAUUCCUCCUUCUCUAUCUCCCCCUCUCUUCUCCUUCCCUUCAUCUAUCCCUCCUCUCCUGUCACCAUAUCCAAACUGUACAAGAAAACAAUGUUUACUUCUCCUCCGUCCUCCUCCUCCUCUCCACCCUCCCAUCCUCAUAUCCUAAAGAAACAAAAAAAAAAAA